GCUGCAGCCGCCUUGCGGCCGGCCCGGCCGUGCCCUCCCUGCUCCGGCCUCCUCUGCACACGGGACCCCGCCGCUCCACACGAGCCACACUCGCGGUCACCCGCACCGCAGGACCAUGGCAGCGCCCGAGGAGGAGCGGCACCUGCUGAGCCCCGGGGCAGGCGGCAGGUCCUACCUGGGGGCCGCGCAUGAGGACGGGCUCGGCUCGGUGCAGGGCCAGGGCCCCGCGCUGGAGCUGGGGCAGCGGCACAGCCUGCACUGCCACAGGCGGGGGGCCGCCGGUCCCCGCGGCCAGCAGCAGCAGGCACGCAGGAGGCUCUACCUGGCCGCUGGCAUCUGCCUCCUCUUCAUGGCUGGGGAGGCUGUGGGCGGGUACCUGGCGCACAGCCUGGCCAUCCUGACGGACGCAGCGCACCUCCUGACGGACUUUGCCAGCAUCAUGAUCAGCCUCUUCGCGCUCUGGGUGUCCUCACGCCCCCCCACCAAAACCAUGAACUUUGGCUGGCACCGGGCAGAGAUCCUGGGGGCCCUGGUCUCCGUGCUCUCCACCUGGGUGGUGACGGGUGUCCUGGUCUACCUGGCGGCCCAGCGCCUGCUCUCGAAUGACUACGACAUCGAGGGUGGUGUGAUGCUCAUCACCUCCGCCUGCGCCGUGGCCGUCAAUAUCGUGAUGGGGGUGGCUCUGCACCAGACUGGGCACCAUCACAGCCAUGGGGCAGCCGGUGAGCAGCCCAACACCAGUGUCCGCGCUGCCUUUGUCCAUGUCUUGGGGGACCUGCUGCAGAGCGUUGGCGUCCUCAUAGCAUCCUACAUCAUCUUUUUUAAGCCCGAGUACAAGUACGUGGAUCCUGCCUGCACCUUCCUCUUCUCUGCACUGGUGCUUGGGACAACGCUGUCCAUCCUCCGUGAUGUCCUCCUUGUCCUCAUGGAAGGCACCCCCAAAGGGAUCGACUUCAACGCCGUGCGGGAGGCUCUGCUGGCGGUGCAGGGGGUGGAGGCCGUGCACAGCCUCCACAUCUGGGCGCUGACAGCAGCACAGCCGCUGCUCUCGGUGCACGUCGCCAUCAGUGAGUAUCGUGCCCUGGGGAUGGAGCCGGGGCUCACCCGCACGCCAACAUCCCCUCCCCUGCUCCUCGCAGAUGCCGGUGCCAGCGCGCAGGAAGUGCUGGAGGAGGCCAGUUCCCGGCUGCAGGGCACCUUCCACUUCCACACCACCACCAUCCAGGUGGAGAACUACUCUGAGGAGAUGCAGGACUGCCGGGAGUGCCAGCCGCCCCGCGACUGAGCCUCCCGCAGCCCCCUUGUGUCCCGAGCGGGGCUUCUGACGGCGGCAAAUAAACUGCAGCACAGGGCUGGGUG